CUCUCCUGGCGCACGCGGAAGCAUGCUCGUUCAACACCACUGGAUCCCCAGCCGUCUGAACCCAUGCGGGGCACUCAACGCGUUACAACUAGGGGCGCGCAGACCGUUACGCCGAUACCGACACGUGGAGUUCAUCUCAAUUGAGGGUCGAGAGAGUGCGCUGCUUCUGGCCUUCACGACACGGUCGCCAAUUUCCCGCCCAUGCAGCAGCGCAAUUCUUCCGGCUGGACCAGCAGUUCCGCCCUCGUGUCCUACUCGAAUAUGGAAGUAUCACCGGCUUCUUUGCCGUGGAGCUGCACGCCAUCUAACGCCCCACAUGUCGGAACGACUCUGUGGCACGCUCGAGCUUUUCGCCCACCCCUUUCAUGUUCGCUCGAAGCUAAUGGUCGCCGUUCACGUAACAGUCAAGCGAGCAUUACAAACCUCAAACUUACCUCGGGCCAUCCUGGUAGCAUCGUUCGGCCGUGGUGCGGAUACGACCUUUCCGCAAAUCAAAAAUCGAUAUGUUCUCGGCCCGCUCUUUUUCGAUCCUUGUGCGGGGACGAUGUGCGCGUUCCCGGACGUGCAAUUCUCAUGCCGCCUUGUUCCCCUGGCUGGCAUCAGCGCUAAGUUUCAUAUGAAAACCACGUCUAUCGCGGUCAAAGCAAGCGGGUGGCUUGUUAAUUGACAUUUGGUACGGACCUUAGCCGACCGGCAUAUCCAACCUAUGAGU